AUGUCUAGCAAGAAGAAACCGACGAUAACUACUUGUGAUAAGUGCCAAUGUACUGUGCUGGUGAAAGAUUUUCCCCGUCAUAGCGAAAUGUGCGGCUCAGCACCACAUUAUUGGGAGAUGAGUUUAAUAAAGCCACGAUACAUAAUGAAAGGCUUCGUCGUGCAGUGUGACAAGUCGAGUGAUUAUCUCCCGCCUGAUACGAGUGGUUGGCUCCGUAGAUAUUCGGUUUUAAUGCAUCCACAAGCAAUGGAAAUACUUGAUAUUAACCCGAGGCAACCAGUUCGUGUUCAAACUCCUGUCCACGAGUUCAUCGGAGUGGUAUGGCCAUGUAAAGAGUUGGGAAUUUUACGCUUGUCUCUCACAGAGGACAAUGCACCAUGGGAGAAACUUGUCUCGAUUAUACCUAUUUGGAAUCCAUUACAUCUCCAACGAAUAUCUGUUUCCAUCGACUCACCCUUGCCAAUGGCCGUGGAAUCAUUACAAGACUAUAUACAGAUGUAUUUGACGAACUCUUAUAUUCAACCUGGAAUUGCCAUACCUAUGAAUUAUUAUGGAAAAGUUAUUCAAAUCGUUCCAGACGUCCCUCUCGAGCUUACAUUGAAGGAUAUGUCGCUUGAAGAUGGAGAAUUAGAGUCUGAACAUGUGGUCUUCGUUCCCUCCGACUGUACCGUCUCCGUAACUUCGGCUACAUCGCCCCAAAUAGCAGAAGAUCCUCUAUCAGCUGUGUAUGCCUUAGGUGGGAUGCAUACAGCGAAGAAAACACUGAUGGAUUUUGUUCUGGUACCGUAUUUGAGGGACAGAUCCUGUUGUUCUGUAUUACUGUGGGGUUUGCCAGGAAGUGGCAAGACAUUUCUACUAUCUGCUGUCGCCAAAGCUCUGGGAGGCUCGGCAUUCUACUGCCAGUCAAUGGAUGAAUUCAACGAGAAAUACGCUCUAAUCCCGUCACAAUGUAUUGUUAUUCUGGAUUGGCCAUCUGUGGACAGAGAGCACAAAGGAUUCAACAAACUAGUUCAAUUGUUAGAUAAUAAGUGUGCAGCCGUAAUACUAUCUGUGAGACAAGCAGAAGAUCUUGACCUUGGAGUAAGGGUCAGGUUUCCUGUUGAAGUCGAAGUCGAUGUUCCAAUGGAGGAAGAACGAAUAGAAAUCCUGCGCUCUCUCACAAAUAGUCCUGAUGAUGUGAUCGUAGAAUUGGCAAAACGUACACAUGGUUUCACUGGAGGCGAUUUGCAAUCACUGGUUCUCGCAUCCCGCUUCACAGAAGGCCAGAAUGACAGCGAAAGGCUGGAAAAUGCUCGAAAACGUGUUCGGCCAACUGGAAUUCGGCAGUUUAUUUUGGAGGUGCCUCAUGUGAGUUGGGAUGACAUUGGAGGUAGUGAAGAACUCAAACUCGAAAUUCAGCAGGCUGUAAUUUGGCCUCAGAAACAUCGUGAUGCGUUCGAACGAUUCGGCAUUGAUCCUCCUUCAGGAAUCCUUUUGUACGGUCCUCCUGGUUGUAGCAAGACAUUGGUUGCACGUGCUCUCGCUACUGAGUCGAAAAUGAAUUUCUUAGCCGUCAAAGGGCCAGAAUUGUUCAGCAAGUGGGUUGGAGAAUCGGAAAAAGCAAUUCGGGAUUUGUUCUCCAGGGCGAGGCAGGUAGCCCCCACAAUCGUAUUCUUUGAUGAAAUUGAUGCUGUCGGAAGCUCGAGAGGGUCUGAAAAGAGUUCAGGUGUUUCUGAUCGGGUCCUAGCACAGCUAUUAACGGAGCUUGAUGGACUCGAGAAACAAAGUGGCGUCCUUCUUCUUGCUGCAACAAAUCGUCCAGAUCAGCUUGACAGUGCCCUACUUAGACCUGGUCGUCUUGACCGUGCAAUCUACGUCGGUCUUCCAUGUCCCAAAACGCGGCGGGCUAUUAUCGAAAUGAGAACAAAGCGAAUGACUAUGGCUGAAGAUGAUAUCGUUGACAGAUUAGUCAACAAAACUGAAGGAUACUCGGGAGCUGAGCUGGUUGCUGUUUGUCGACAAGCUGCGCUCCUUGCAAUGCGAGAGAACAUAGAAGCAACAGAAGUGCGAUGGCAACAUUUCGAAGAGACUCUGACCACAAUUGUGCCACGAACAGAGCACCAUAUGCUGCAAGCAUAUGAAAAAUUCAAGCGAGGGGUGAUGUAG